UUUAUAAGAAUCGUCUCAAUUUUUUUACCCGCCAAUUUUUCCCCCCCUUCAAGUUUUACUCAGCGAACGGUCCCGAUAAUCGCAUUGAUUUGAACGCUUUUAGUGAAUAGUCGCGAGGACGUUAAAACAACAAUUUUUGACUCAUUUUCGGGAUUUUUUUGUCGACUAAAUCGGUAGAAAUGCCCGUCACAGACCGAGCUCUCCUACGCUUCGCUAAGCUGAGCGCCAACGCCGUGGCGCCCUACAAGGCAUCCGACAAGGCCGCAGGAUUCGAUCUCCACAGUGCAUACGACUACGAGAUCCCGCCCAUGGACAGACUGGUGGUGCAGACCGACAUUCAGAUCGCACUGCCGGAGGGCUGCUACGGACGCAUCGCGCCGAGAUCAGGCCUGGCUGCCAAACACGGGAUCGACGUCGGAGCCGGCGUCGUAGACGAAGACUACAGAGGAAAUGUCGGUGUGGUGCUCUUCAACUUCGGGAAGAAGCCUUUUGUCGUUAAGAGGGGAGACCGGAUUGCACAGCUGAUUUGCGAAAAGAUCUUCUACCCCCAGUUGGAAGAGUGCACGUCACUGGAAAACACGGAACGAGGCAGCGGAGGUUUUGGAUCGACUGGAAAAAACUAGACGAACGGAAAUGAAGUGUGAAGAUUUGAGACUUUCGUAACUUGUGUAUUGUUCCUGCAUAACUUACUGCCAUGUAAUCAAAUGCCAGUCCUUGUAAUUUCAAUUGCGCUUUGAUUACCAUUUCACUGUAACUCCAGUAUUUGUAUUAUCUUCAAAAGUAGUUUGGAUACAUUUCACAAUGAGUGUUCUGUUUGUUAGUAAAAGCAUUACAAAAAAUGUA